AAUUGGGCCUCGUUGGAUCAGGUCCGGUUCGAUGCUCUCCAACUAAAAAACAAGAGCUUUCGAAAUAGACCAACCGGAAGAUCCGCAGACUGGAAUUGAGAUUCUCGCUGGACGAAGAGCAACGAACCCUAGCUAGUUUGCUGAGUUAGAUUGGCCUAAGAAGGCUCAACCAACCUCUGCUUUUACUCCGAUGACAAGCGCUUGGACAAAUUAAGAGCUUUUGCAAUGAUGCAUAGGGGGAAAUAGGAAGGGUGAGAGAAUCAGAGUGGAAAUCUUGGGUUCUGGGUUGUCUAAUAGUUGGAGAUAGUUUCUCCCUUUUUGAAGCUCUUGCAAAAUGUUCAUGGGUGGAUGAGGAGGGCUAAUUAAGUUUCGAAUCUUGUUAUAGCUUUGCGGAGCUUCUUUGGAGCAAAUGGGCAAUGGAGCUUGUGGAGCACUGCUCUCUGUUGGAGGAAUUGCUCACUUGGUGUCCGCUUGAUGCUUUUUAGUUUGCAAUCAUACAUAGGGGUAUAGGAAGGUAGUUGGAAAAUCAUGGUGGAGUUUCUGGUUUUGUUUCAUUUUAUGAUUGGAGAUUGUUGCUUCCUUAUGAAGCACUGGCAAAAUGUUCAUGGGAGGAUGAGGAGACCAAAUUAAGUUUCUAAUAUUGUUAUACCUUGUGGAGCAUCUUUGGAGCAAAUGAGCUAUGGAGCUUGUGGAGCACAGCUCUCUGUUUGAGGAAUUGCUCUCUUGAACUGCUGGUUUUUGGUUUUGCAAUAACCUUUUGUCCUUAUCUUCAGAGUAGAUGUUGAUGACAAUGUGAUGCCUAUGCAGAUAGAAUUAAAUUAACAUUUUAAUCGGGACUUUCUUUCUUUAUUAAUUUAGUUCAAUUUUUACACAUGCAGUGAGAUAUUUUUAUUAACUUUUUUCUAUUACUGAAAAUGAGUGGUCGCUUCUCUCGCACAAUCUAUGUUGGCAACCUACCCUCUGAUAUCAGAGAAUGGGAGGUCGAAGAUCUAUUCUACAAGUAUGGUCGUAUUUUGGAUAUCGAAUUGAAGAUCCCGCCACGCCCUCCAUGUUAUUGUUUUGUUGAGUUUGACAAUUCAAGGGAUGCUGAAGACGCAAUUAGGGGUCGAGAUGGUUACAACUUUGAUGGGUGUCGUUUGAGGGUUGAGCUUGCUCAUGGUGGUAGAGGACAAUCCUCAAGUGAUCGUCGGGGUGGAUAUGGAGGGGGUGCAGCUAAAUUUGGAGUCUCACGCCAUUCUGAAUAUCGAGUUAUUGUCCGUGGGCUCCCCUCUUCUGCUUCCUGGCAAGAUUUGAAGGAUCACAUGCGAAAAGCUGGUGAUGUGUGUUUUGCCGAAAUUUCGCGUGACAGUGAUGGAACUUUUGGUAUUGUUGAUUAUACCAGUUAUGAUGACAUGAAAUAUGCCAUCCGCAAACUUGAUGACACCGAGUUUAGAAAUCCUUGGGCAAGGGCUUAUAUUCGGGUGAAGAGAUAUGAGAGCAGUCCAUCCAGGAGCCGAAGUAGAAGCCGCAGCAUUAGAAGAGAUCGGAGUAGAUCAAGGGAACGGUCCGCAACCAAAUCUCCAGUUAAAUCCAGAUCUGCCUCCCCUGUUAAGUCACCCAGAGCAAGAUCGAGAUCAAGGUCAAAGUCAAGGUCAAGGUCAGGAUCUCCAGAAAAGGCCCAACCGGUUAGCGACUGAUGCACAUACAACAAUAUACGUCCAAAAUCCAGCUUGGCUUAGCUGAAUUGAGUAGAAGGGGAAAGUUGAUUGCAUCCUAUCUAAGAAGAGUAUUGCUGGGUACUGUCUAUGAAGACAAUGUAUGUAUUAAUGGAGUUUGUGGUGAUGUUGCAUGAAUUUAUAUAGAACUGUUGGAUGAUGAACUGAGUUGGAUCAUUUUGUCAUUUUGAUAGUAACCUCUUUUUUUUCCUUUGUUUCAAA